AUGGAAGAGAACAAGAUGCAGCUAGUAGACUGGCUGGAUGAUCUCUGCGUACGCUUUGUCAUCAAUUUACCCGUGGAGGAGCUUGAAUCACCAGAACGAAUAUGUUUCCAAAUAGAAGAAGCUCAAUGGCAUUACGAGGACUUCAUCCGGCCUCUGGACCCCGACCUCCCUUCUUUGAACCUCCGAGCCUUCACCAAGAAAAUGUUUGCUCAUUGCCCGCUUCUUUGUGAUUGGACCGAAGAUCAACAAGAUGAAGCCUUCAAAGCCUUCUUAGAAUACAAACAAACCGUCCCCGUCCGAGGUGCUAUCAUGCUGAAUGACACGAUGGAUGACGUUCUCAUGGUGAAGGGAUGGAAAAAAGGUGCCAGUUGGAGCUUCCCGAGAGGGAAAUUGAACCAGAAUGAGCUGGACCUUACUUGUGCCAUACGUGAGGUGCAAGAGGAGACAGGUUACAACCUCAAGAUGGCAGGCCUCAUAGGCGAAGAAGAGGACAUGAAGUCGAUUGAAGUAGAAAUCAGAGGCCAGGAUCUUAAAAUGUACGUCUUUCGCGGAGUUCCUAUGGACACUCACUUCGAACCCCAAACGCGAAAGGAGAUUAGUAAAAUCGAAUGGCAUAAGCUUUCUGGCCUGCCGACGCUGAAAAAGCAGAAACAACAGCAAGCACAACAGCCGUCUCAAAAGAGUCAGGGAGAAGACUUGGCCAAAAAUGCGAAUAAAUACUACAUGGUGGCUCCAUUCCUUGGCUCUCUCAAGAGAUGGAUCACGCAGCAGAAAAAGCAAGACAAAGUCGUGCAGGCUAGUCAGGCGAAGACCGUCAAGCAUACGCAUGAUACUAGCGUAGAGAGUCCUUUUCAUGAGCAGGAGGAUAUGGGUGAACGGACCGAUGUAGAGCAAGCAGGGCAACAGCAUCUAACCCGCCUUUUGGAUACGCUUCGUCAGUCAAGUCAGGCAAAGGCCAGCGAUCUACCUGAGGUCACACAUGAAGCAACACAGUCGGGAGUUGAUCAGACGCUUGCAAUGCCCAAGUCAGCGGACUUAUUGGCGUUGCUUCGCAAGGAAGUUGAUCCAGUACCGGAGCAGGAGCCACAUACACCUUUCGAUCGAAUGAUCACAGAGCCUGAGUAUCCACGGUCUCCUUCUCGCCACGCUCCUUUGUCUCAGACGUCAGAUCUUACACCUCCUGUAUUCCCCAUGUACCCUCCGCAGCCCAUACUAUCCAGCCAUGAUCCUAUAUUACAAGCCUCGGACCCGUUGCAACCUCAACCACAACCUCACCAACUGCAGCCAAUUCCUCCGCCACAACGCCCUGCCCAACUCGCUCCACGCCCGGUGAGACCACCUAUCGUCACAACCGAGAGACCGGCACUGGCACCCUACCAGCGUACGCACGACAAUGAAGGCCGAGGUGCCGCUCCACCCUUCGGAUCUCGGCAAUCAUUUCCACCUCAAGCCAGCAAAUUACCUACGCCACAGCUCAACAAGCAUACAUCGUCGCUCCUCAACCUGUUCAAAGGUAGCGCACCUGCUAGUUCAUCUCAGGCCAACAUCGACUUUCAAAAACAAGCCGAAGCUGAAGAUUCGAAGGAACGACGCAAUCCUGCUCCUCUCAGCACGUUUGUGCCCCCACAAAUAUCUCGUCAAUCAUCCAACAAAGCCCCUCGGAAAGCUAGCCAACCUUCUGCACAUCAGGAUAAGCUUCUUAACAUGUUUCGACGACCAAGCACUCCCAAGACUGCCUCGAAAGGUCUGGAGCCUCCUCCGGCUGUAGUUGAGCUUUCGGCAUCUCCAAAGCCACCUCGACUGGACAGAAUGCCAAAGCCUGCGCAAAUACCGCAGGAAGCAAACCCUCCGAGCAAGGACGCGCAGCUUGGGCAAGUCAUUAUACAGAAGCCGCCCACUCAAGAUGAACCGCCCGUGUCUGCAACUAUCAAGGGGCCUCUUAAUACUCCAGAAUUUGAAAUGAUCAGAUCGUCGCACUUAGGGAAAGAUAAUGAACUUGUUGCAGGAUUGACCAAGCCAGUAAAGGUCUCACCAAUCCAAAUUCUUUCAAGGCCCGGGAGCUCUCAUCGCCGUGGGAAUAAUUCGCCUUCUAGGAUGUCUCUUAGGCACAAGCCGAACCCACCAAAGGAGGCCCGUUCUGGGAAUACGCCAGAAACCCCUAUAAAACAUGACCUUCUCCCUCCUCGAAACAUGGGCCCAAGAACUACAACUCUGGCAAAGAAUUCGCAGCCUUCAACGCCUAAUCUCAAGGCCCGUGACGAUCCACAAAAGCCCUUCCAACCGCAAAUCCUUCGGCGUCCUGACACCUCUCAUAGCAUCAAUGAGCCUUCGCCGAUCCAACCCCUCCCUUCACCCCAACACCAAAUCCCUAAGCCUCAACAUACUGCUCAAUCACACGAACACAAGAAGAGCCUCCUUUCUCUAUUCACUAGACCUCAACCAGCAGUCUCGCCGCCUAGUGCCGCCCCAACUGAUAUCUCAAGCAUCGUCAGUCCUAUCGAUGAUGCCACGACGCCCACGGCACCCAAAGCUACACGACAGGCCAGGGAUGUCUCUACGUCCCAGUCCUCCGUUGUAUCGACCAUUAAAUCUCCGCCUUCGGUAAUCAUGCAGCGAGAAAAGUCUAAGCAGGGCAAGAAAUUCUAUGCCCCUGAUCGCAUGCCUGCUUCCCCAAUUCAAAGCAGCACUUUGGAUGGCAAAAUCGCUAAUGGCAUAGUUUCUGAAAGAGAAAGUAGAAAGGCUAGUCCCAGCAAGGUUCAGAGUGCUAGUACGACGCCGGUGCAGAAGGACUUUUUGCUAGGGUAUCUGAAUGAUGUAGUCAAGGGGGGCGAUGAAGGUUGGGAUUUGUGA